GCAGGCAAAACUGCAGAAGAUGCUCUCGACAAUGGGCUUCAGUGUCGCAUUUCUAGAGGCGCCGUUGUCAGAUGAUGAGGAUGAUGAGGACAUGGAGGAAGAAGAGGAGGAAUACCACGAGGCGGAUGAAGACGACAUGUCCGAAGCAGAACCUUCGGCAGCGGCGGAUUGGAACAGGACCAAACUCAAGACAAAGUUGAGCCCGAUCCAUGCCAGAGAG